UCCAGUCUGCUUCUGUUGUCUCGGCGGCUGGUAGGCUCUGGGAGAGCGGAUCUCGCGAGUCUUGGAGUUUUGGUGAGAGUUUGUGGAAGAUGGCGCCUGUUGUGACAGGGAAGUUCGGGGAGCGCCCUCAACCACAGCGCCUGACGAGAGAAGCCAUGCGGAAUUACCUGAAGGAACGAGGAGACCAAACUGUGCUCAUCCUGCACGCUAAAGUUGCACAGAAAUCAUACGGCAAUGAGAAAAGGUUUUUCUGUCCUCCCCCGUGUGUGUAUCUGAUGGGCUGCGGAUGGAAGCAGAAGAGAGAGCAGAUGGAGAGGGACGGGUGCUCGGAGCAGGAGUCUCAGCCUUGCGCUUUCAUCGGCAUCGGCAACAGCGAUCAGGAGAUGCAGCAGCUUAACUUAGAGGGGAAGAACUAUUGCACAGCCAAAACACUGUACAUCUCAGAUUCGGACAAACGCAAGCACUUCAUGCUCUCUGUGAAGAUGUUUUACGGGAACAGCGCAGACAUCGGUGUCUUCCUGAGCAAGAGGAUCAAGGUCAUCUCCAAACCGUCCAAAAAAAAACAGUCCCUCAAGAACGCCGACCUCUGUAUAGCAUCAGGAACGAAGGUGGCGUUAUUUAACCGACUUCGCUCUCAAACGGUCAGUACGCGAUAUCUUCACGUAGAGGGAGGAAACUUUCACGCCAGCUCACAGCAAUGGGGAGCCUUCUACAUCCACCUCUUGGAUGAUGAGGAGUCUGAGGGUGAGGAGUUCACUGUGAGAGACGGUUACAUUCACUACGGCCAGACUGUCAAACUCGUGUGUUCUGUGACAGGAAUGGCUCUGCCUAGACUGGUCAUCCGUAAGGUGGAUAAGCAGACGGCCUUACUGGAUGCAGAUGACCCUGUCUCUCAGCUGCAUAAGUGUGCCUUUUACCUAAAGGAUACAGAGAGGAUGUACCUGUGCCUUUCUCAAGAGAGGAUCAUCCAAUUUCAAGCUACUCCAUGCCCAAAGGAACCAAAUAAAGAGAUGAUAAAUGAUGGUGCCUCCUGGACAAUCAUCAGCACUGAUAAAGCAGAAUACACCUUCUAUGAGGGCAUGGGCCCUGUACACACCCCCGUCACACCGGUGCCUGUGGUCGAGAGCUUACAGUUAAAUGGUGGGGGAGAUGUAGCAAUGCUGGAGCUGACAGGACAGAACUUCACUCCAAAUCUGCGCGUGUGGUUUGGCGAUGUAGAGGCUGAGACCAUGUACAGGUGUGGAGAAAGCAUACUGUGCGUCGUUCCAGACAUCUCUGCCUUCCGCGAGGGCUGGCGGUGGGUUCGGCAGCCGGUGCAGGUUCCCGUAACGCUGGUCCGUAACGACGGUCUCAUCUAUUCCACAUCUCUCACAUUCACAUACACCCCCGAACCCGGGCCCCGCCCGCAUUGCAGCGCGGCCGGAGCGAUCCUUCGAGCAGGCAGCGCCGGCUUAAUUUCCACGACUGGUGACAGAGUUGGAGGGAACGGAGAGACGGCUUACGGUGCCAACAGCACUUCUAAUGCCGUCACAGCAUCAUCCUCUAAUGCAGCCGCAGCCGUGGUGUUAUAACACACGUAGGAACACUCACAAACGUGGAACAAAACUCAAGACUACAGACUAUUUGUAAAAGUGCUGCAUAUUGAAUUUAAGAGGAGGAGAUGGAGGAUUAAGCGAGGCGAAGAGUGACGGUUCUCCUGAGCUAUCUUGUGGUUUUCUCUGAGGAGCCAGUCUGGUGCUAGCAAUAAACAAUGCCUGAGAGAAAUCUUCAUAUUGGCAAAACACCAGCACCUAAAGGUGUAAAAGAUGUGGAGAUGAGACCACAGCAGUGAUACGUCAGCCAUGUACAGAAUGCUUCGAUUGAAAACUGUCUUUCUUCCAGUCCGAGUGCGUUAUCGGGUGACAUGUAUCAUGGCCUGGGAGGUGUAAGCUCUUAGGAAAAAGGGUCACAUCAAAUUGUGAGGACGACAGUUUUUAUGGACCAAUGAUCUUGUAUAAGCUUUAGUAAAGGUACAUUUUUUGAUCCCCAUACCUUUUUUCAUAUCAAACAUAGUACGCUUUCGUUACCAAAUAGGUUCUGUUCCUCCUCUGAGAUUUCACCGUUUUGUUUCUUUUUCUGUGUCGUCCGUUUUCGUCUGGCUUCUGUAUAUAGCUACUUCCACAUAGCUUGACAAACUCUUUGCGCGGACUCGUUUUGAUACUUCGUAUUUUGUAAUACAGGUUUUUUUCUAUUCGGUUUAGUUGUUUUAAUUUUGCAUUUGGGAAAAACUCAGAUGGCCCAUUUUUGAACCAUGCGUUUUUAUGAAGUCUUUAAAAAGAGAAGAGCUUUAAGCAAUGCCUCUGCCUUGCCUGCAUUACAACAUGCGCUACGCUUCCUUUAAGCAUUUCAUCGUGUUAAGAUCUCACAAAAGGAACAAUGCCAUCUUUGUCUUGUUUGGGAAUAUUAACCAGAAAACACAACAUACAAUAUAGACGCCUUUUAGAGUUUUGAUGCAAUGUCUUUUCGAAUUGGUAGCCAUAGUGUAGUCUGUACAUCCUAGAGCACACAUAGGUUAUCACAUAUCAAUAUUUGGAAAUAUUGCUAGCGUUGGAUGUUUUCAAUGUUCUCAAGAGUUCAGAUUCCUAAUGAUAUCCAUGACGUUUUUUUAUGUUUCCAGAAAUGCGUUUCGUCUUCCUAAACUUCCAUCAUUAUAAAUUGUCUCAAAAAUGAAUCAUUUGGAGACAUGUUCUACCAGAUGUGUAUCUAGAUGUGGCCUUACUUUAAACAAAAGGUUCCAUGUUCAGUUCACCCCUUUAAAAGAGGUUUACAAACGUGCCGUGAGGAACCAAGCCUUGCAUUUUGAACAUUUACGUGCGAUUUUUGAUAUUUAAAGGUCCCUGAAUUUUCAUUUUUCAUCCAGAUUUAGAAGAUUUAAAUGUGUAAUAGAAACGAACACACCCAAAGAUAUUAUAUUGCAUUGUUGUCUUGUUUUGUAAUUGAAGAGUAUGUAUCUCUUACACCAAAAGCAGGAAGCUUUACUCUGUUGGUCAUUGGAUUCGUUUAUCGUGGCCUUGGUGUCUCACCAACUAGUAGACUAGUAUUAUUGACAAAAACAAAUAACUAGCUGUAAUGAACUCAUCAACCAGCACUAAUAGUGUUUUGUGACCUUCUUUUGUACAGUAAUUUAACUUUUGAAUUUUGUGCGUUUGUAAAAAAAAAAUAAUAAUAAGAGAAAAAAACAAAGCGAAACCCACCUCCAUUUUGUAAUUCGGUUUUUGAGCGUCUGUGGCUUCAACCCACUCACUGUGUGUCUUCGAUGUUUCUUGUCGGUUUGUUUAGCUCAACAAGUGUUUAGCGUCCGAGUUUGUCUUAACCUUGUAUAUUAAUGUCCUGAGAGUGAACGGACAUCAUGGGACUAUAAACAUGGGAGUCAAUGGCCUUUAAGUGUGUGUCUCUCAAAGAUGUAAGAAUACAGCAAUACUGUAUAGGUCACUUGUGUGUGUCUCGGUCUGUGGAAAAGCCACUGAUUUUCACCAGCAUGAUCCACAGCGCAUGUGGUCAUGAAGAGCAGCUGGCUCAGCUGGAGUCAUAUUCUCAUUUAUUCUCACUUAUUCAUGCUAAUUUAAUCAGACACUUUUUGGGUAGAUUUCGUGUCUUCCCGACUUGGAAAAUCUUUAGUGUAGUGUACUGUAUGUAGAAAAACACGUCAAAAAAGGCAAUACUCCAGCAUUGUAUAAUGUAGUAUAUUUCGGGAAAAACUGUAACUUGAAUGUCUCUGCAAAAAAAAGUUCACUUGUUGCCUCCACUAAAUUGUUUCUUUUGAAUAUCAUUGUCCCUCUGUUCUGAUAAAAAUGUCUUCGGUUGCCUCUUUGCAAACCUCUUCCGUUGGGGUUUUUGUUUCUGAAAGAUACCCUAAAAACUCUUGCACUUGGUUUAGCAGAAUUCUUUGCAUAACAGACCAGUCUUCUUCCAUUGGACUGUAUAUUCACAAUUCAGAAUCAAAUAAACACACGCUUUCAUUUGGCAAAAGAUGGUGGAGACACUGGACAAAAAUGUAUGCAUUUUAUAAAAAGUUUUGCGAGUGUUGCUUAUUUGUCUGCUGUGUUGAAUUAAAUAAACCACAGAAGACAGUUUGUUUCAGUUCUCACAUUUGAUGUUUUCUUGUGAUAAAGGUUUAAUUGCGAUUGUCAUUAUGAGAGCCAUUAUACAAUGUGUUAUUGUAUUGUGUUGUUUUUAUUUCCCAUGCUUUAUGAUAUCCCUGACCCCAAAAAAGAAAAAUCAAGUGCUUUAAGCCAGUUCGCCUUUUAAUGAGACAGCAUUUUUGAAACGAUUCCUACUCAAACAAAAGAAAGCAAUUUGUCUUUACUUUUUUCAUCCAGUUUGACUUCAUCACGGUUUUGUUGGCGUAUUGUUGACUGUGAACAGUCAUUCACACUUUAAUGCUGAGAACAUUUCUCAACCGUUUCUGUUUUACUGUUUUGUUUAUCAUCAUUUACUGUAAUGUUACUGUGGUAAAGUCCAUUAUGUUGCUCUCUGAAAGAUAUCGAUUGACAAUCUUGUUUUUUUACAGUUUACAUUGUUGUUUGUUUUUUAAGGUGUUGAGCUUUAGAAGGAUUGGUUAAAUCACCAUAUGGAACUGGGGCGUUUGAACUAAAUGCAUACAUUUGCAUUUUAAGUCAAUUAUGAAACAUUUGAAGAUAUCAACAUCGCAAACACAGGUCAUAGUUUUGUUAUUUUAUGUAUAGCGGUAAUGUGCCAAGCCUUAAAAACAGUUCAUGGCAAAUUUGUGAACAAUAAUUCGUUUUAUAUUUCCAAAUGUGUGAUCGAUUUUUUUGGUCCAGAGUCCACUGGUGUCAUUUCUGUGUAUCUGUUGGUCUCUGUUUAACUUUGCUCUUCCAAAAACAGUUUUUUUUAAUGAGCUCUGAUCAAUGUAGAUUAUAGAUGUUGAUGUCUUCUAAUAUGCCAAAUGUCUUAUACUUACAUUCUCAUGCACUGCUUAUAAAACACAGCAUGAGAGGCAGCUUUACAAAGAUGUCUCAAUAGUUAUAGAAGAAUAGAGGAUGUCAACGUACCGUAAAAAAAAAGACAAAGAAAGGUAACUGUAAACUUGUUUUCUUUUGCUGCCACUAUAUUUCACACGUCUAUAUGAAGUUCUUCAAUUGGUCAUAAUGUUGUAGCGCUUUGUCUUUUAGAAAACAUCUGAAAUCAAAAAGCUGUGGUACAGAUGUUAUUAUCCCUUAGGGCAAGUUUUAGUAAUCCACCCUUUCCUCUAUACUGGUAUUGCACUUAGAGUAUAUCAUACUUGUCUAGAUUUGUUGCUUACCGAGUGUCAUUUUUCAUAUUAAGAUUGAUUAUGGUGUGCCUGAAGCGCUAUGCUGGGCUUUAUGUCUACAGUUCAUUCUCCAUUAUUCUUAACUUUUCAUUUUGUGUUAAUCUGUAAAUCAGUCUGGUUCUGUCUUUCCUUUACGCUCUCUCUUUCAUACUCUUUCGGUCUGUUGUUCUAGUUAUAAUAUUAAGAGGUAUCAUUCAGUACGGUAGCAGUCUCACUCAUUCACGGGCGGCUGAUGUUAGGAUCAUGUGCCCUAACCUGAAACAGGGGCGGUUAUAUUUUUUGUAAACAUUAGCUUUGUUUCAUGUGUCUGUCUGUUUGGUUUUUGUACAUAUUGCACCUGCUCAGUUCCAUAUGUCAUCAAAUAAAAUUGCAAUAUUGGC